AUGUCAUAAACAUCUUCAGUCUUAUCUGAGCAUUUUAUUUAAGACCCUUCAACAAUUCCUCCUUAUCCAUAAACAACUCAAAACAGUUUAUAGAAUGCAAAUAUUUUCAGUAGAAUAUUUUUUCAUUGGAUACAUCCUUUAAUAAGGCUCGGAAACAAAUAUUACUUAGAGUAAUACUGUUUAGAUGAUUUGAGAGAAUAAGAUAAAUCUGAAAAUUAAUAUUAAGUGUUUGCAUAAGCUUUUAAUUAUUAUAAAACACGAUCAAAAUAGCCACUAAUAAGGACAUUAAUUCAUUAAUUUAAAAAGUAAAUAAUUGUAAGUUAUACAUUUUCUUUCUUCUAUAGUUGUUUAGAAAUGUGUACCCCUAUAUUAAUAAGAGUAGUAAUAGAUUAUGUAAGCGAUUAAAAGCACGAUCUAGAUUAUGGAAUAAUAUUAUUAUUACUAAUAAUGUUAUCUAGAAUAUUAAACUGUUUAACAGAAUGUCAUUCAGCAUUUAAUUUUAAUAUAUUAGGGUAUAAUUUUACAAACGCAAUAUCAAUAGCCUUAUUUAAAAAAUCUUUAAAUAUAUCUCUAUUAAAUUAAUAAUAAUAUAAUUCAGGUAUAUUAAUAAAUAUGUUGUAAGUAGAUACCUAAAAAUUGUAAGUAUUAUGCUAUUAUGUUUCCACUAUGACUUUCUUACCUUUAUAAAUAAUUUUUGCACUAUAUUUAAUGUAUGAUGCAAUCGGAAUAUCUUUUUUAUUUGGAGUUGGUAUCAUGUUUUUUAUGGGAUUUGUUAACUAUAUAAUUGGGAGAUUUUCAUACGUUAAUUAAAGGCAAUUAAUGAUAGCAAAAGAUAAAAGAAUGAAUAUUUCAAGCGAAAUUUUUAAUUCAAUAAAAGUUAUUAAAGCGAAUGCUUGGGAGGAACAUUUUUAUGAUAAACUGGAAGUUAAGAGGGAGAAAGAACUAGAAUUAAUUUCUAAAAAAUUCAUUUUGGGUACUCUUGCAAUCUUCACAUUAUGGAUUACUCCUAUGCUUAUUAUUAAUUCUACUUUUGCUGGAUAUAUUUUACUUGAUAAUGUUAUUACACCUUAAAAGGCUUUCACUAUUAUCUCUUUAUUUUAUAUUUUACAAGAACCUAUUCGUUCUAUUCCAAUGGUUAUAAAUUAUUUAAUUGAAGCUUAUAUUAGUAUAAAGAGAAUUGAAAAAUAUUUCUAAUUUGAGGAAGUUAAAAAAGAUGAUAUUAUUUUUAAACAAAAAAAUAAAGAUUUUGCUAUUAGAAUUAUUAAUGGAUACUUUUUUUGGCAAAAACAAGGACACAAUUUAUAUGAAAUGGAAGAUUCAGAAGAGGACUAAAAUAAUGAAAAUACUAUUGAAAACAAUAUUUAGAAAAAGUAUAGUAAUUCUAAUUAGAGUGAAGACGAUGAAGAUGAUUUAUAAAAUACACAAGCAUCUAAAAAUAAAAACAAUAAGAAUUAUUAUACACUAAUUAAUAUAAAUAUGUAAAUACCUAAAGGUAAAUUAGUUGCUAUUAUUGGUGAUGUGGGAAGUGGAAAAUCAUCCGUCUUAUAUAGUAUAUUAGGAGAAAUGAGAUAUGAUAAAUGUUGUGGAUUUUCACCAUAAAUAUACGUAGAUGGAAAAAUAUCAUUUGUAAGUCAGAAAUCAUGGAUAACAAACGCAACAGUGAGAGAUAAUAUAAUUUUUGGUAAUCAGUUUUCAGAACAAAAAUACAAAAAUGUUAUAUUUUAAACUUGUCUAAUUAAAGAUUUUGCUAAUUUUUAAUAAGGAGAUAAAACUUUAAUAGGAGAAAAAGGUGCUAAUUUAUCCGGAGGAUAAAAAGCACGUAUUACUUUAGCAAGAGCUCUUUAUAAUGAUACUGAAAUUUUACUUUUAGACGAUAUUCUAAGUGCUGUUGAUGCUCAUGUGGCUAAAAGUAUUAUAAAUAAUUGCUUAAAAAUUAAAGAUUCUUAAAAUAAGACUAUAUUGCUAUCUACUCAUGCUCUUUAUUAUAUGAAAUAUAUGGAUUAUAUUUAUUUUAUGGAAAAUGGUUAAAUAAAAUAAUAAGGUAUUUAUGAAGAAAUGUGCAAAAGUUAAUGUUUUUAAUAAAUUUUUGAUAAAUGUAUGAAGACUAAAAUAAACGAUUUUAAAAUAAUUUAAAUGAAGAUCCAAGAAGAUGAAUUUUAAUAAAUAAAUUUUUCAUCAUUUUAAAAAUAAAAAAAUAAAUAAAAUGGAAUAAUAAUUUUAGAAGAUCGUAAAAAAGGUUCCAUUUAAUUUUCUUUAAUAAGAAAAUUUAUCAAAUUUUAUGGAGGAUUUCUCUUCAUAAUUUUAAUUUUCUUUUCUAUGUUAAUAUGGCAAAUAUUGAAAAACUUUUCAAACAUAUGGAUUGCUAUAUGGACAAAAAAUAAUCAAGAAGACAAAAAUAUAUAUUAUUUGACAAUAUUUUCAUUAAUAUCAUUAUCUUAUGGUAUUUUUGCUAUUUUUAGAGUAAUUAUAACUUUUUAUUGUUCCAUAAAUGCUAGUCGAAUAAUACAUAAAAGAAUGAUAACAUCGCUUAUAUUCGCACCUUUAAAUGAAUUUUUCGAAAGAGUUCCUUUUGGAAGAAUAUUAAAUAGACUUUCGAAAGAUAUGUAAGUAGUCGAUUAGGAUCUGGCUUUUGUUUUAGGAAGUUUUUUGGUAGCUUUUUUUUCAUUUAUAGGUGAUGCAAUUUUAUGUAUAUUUGCAAGUAGUUAUUGGGUUAUUAUUCCUACAGUUUUAUUUAUUGUUUCUUGUAAAUUAUUAUAGGGAUAUUACAUGAGAGCUUAAAGAGAAAUAGUUAGGAUGGAAACUAUUUCAAGAUCUCCAAUCGUUUCUUUUUUUGCAGAAACACUUUAAGGUUUAUCUAUUAUUAGAGCUUUUGUAUAAAAAGAAAGAUUUUAGAAAUAACAUUGUAACAAUAUUGAUGAUAAUAAAAAAAAUCAGCUUGCUUUUAUUGCCAUGGAAGCUUGGUUUAAAUAAAAUCUUACUUUUAUGUCCCUAUUUGUUAAUACUACAGCUAUUUCAUUCUGUUUAUUUUCACCUAAUCCAGAUCCUUCGAUGACUGGUUUACUUUUGACUUUUGCAUUUUCAAUUGAUUAGUAGAUUUAAAAUUUAAUCAUGACUUACAGUAGUUUUGAAAAAAAAAUCGUUUCAUUUGAAAGAUGCUAUUCAUAUACAAGAAUAACUCCAGAAGAAGGACAAUUGUAAUAUUUAAAAGAUCGUGAAAAUUUAAGAGUUUAGAGAAAUUUAUUAAAAAAUUACAAAGAUGAUCCUUUAUUGCUAUGGCCUUAAUAAGGAAGUAUUGAAUUUUAAGACUUUUACUUAAAAUAUAGAAAAAAUCUUACUUAUGUAUUGAAAGGAAUUAAUGUAAUAAUAAAUCCAGGAGAAAAAAUAGGCAUUGUGGGAAGAACAGGAGCUGGAAAAUCUACUAUUACAUUAGCUUUAUUAAGAAUUCUGGAAGCUUUUAAAGGAAAAAUUAUUAUUGAUAAAAUAGAUAUUUCUAAGAUUAGAUUAGAUGAAUUAAGAUCUAAAAUUACAAUUAUUAUGCAAGAUUCUUCGCUCUUUGAUGGAUCUCUUAGGCAUAAUAUUGAUCCUUAAAGUUUGUAUAGCGAUUCAGAUAUUAUUAGAACUUUAAAUUAGUGUCAACUUAAUCAUUUGAUUAAAAAUGAUAGCUUAGAUGCUCCUAUUAAUGAAGGUGGAGAUAAUUUAAGUAUGGGAGAAAAAUAACUUAUUUGUAUUGCUAGAGCUUUAUUAAAAAGAAGUAAAAUUGUACUUAUUGAUGAAGCCACUGCCAAUAUUGAUAUUUAAACAGACUUUCUGAUAUAAAAAGUUAUUCAGAAAGUUUUCAAAGAUUGCACAGUACUUACCAUUGCUCAUAGGGUUAAUACUAUUAUUAAUUGUAAUAGGAUUUUGUUUUUAAAUAAAGGAUAAGUUUAGGAAUUUGAUACACCGUAAAAUUUAUUAAAUGAUAAAAAAUCGGCUUUUUAUUCUUUAUAUCAAGAAUAUGCAAAAGAAAAUAAAAUAUGA